GUGUGUCAUCACAUUCGAGUGGGGAUUAAGAGAAGGAAGGCUGCCCUGCUGGAGCUGUGUGGUCUUCUCCAAGUGAGAGUUGCAGGCACAUUCAAGGACUUGGCUUUGGGGAAGAAGAGGAGAAAUUCAUUUGCAGCGGGCACAAGAAAAGCGGUAUUUCCAGGUGCUGAGGGCCAGCCGCCAUCAUCUGGAGAAGGUGAAUCUGGCAAAUGACAUGAAGGUUCUUCAAGGCAGAGUCAUUGCAGGGAAGCUUCAAAGGACUCCGUCUGCAGAUGUUCUGAAAACCUCUGAGUCUAGAAAUUGAUUAUUCAACCAGGAUACCUAAUUCAAGAACUCGAAGACAGACAUUUUGUCAGCUUUGCAACAUUGGACCAAGUACAAUGAAGAGUGCUUGCUGGGCCCUGCUGCUGGCUAUUCUAGGCACUGAACUGCUGGGGAGCUUGUGUUCUACCGUGCGGUCCCAGAGGUUCCGAGGAAGGAUACAGCAAGAACGUAAGAACAUCCGGCCCAACAUUAUUCUCGUGCUCACCGAUGAUCAGGACGUGGAGCUGGGUUCUCUGCAAGUCAUGAACAAAACGAGAAAGAUCAUGGAGCAUGGCGGGGCCACCUUCACCAACGCCUUUGUGACCACACCCAUGUGCUGCCCAUCACGGUCGUCCAUGCUCACGGGGAAAUACGUGCACAACCACAACGUCUACACGAACAACGAGAAUUGCUCUUCCCCCUCGUGGCAGGCGAUGCACGAGCCUCGGACCUUCGCUGUGUAUCUCAACAACACAGGCUACAGAACAGCCUUUUUUGGAAAAUACCUCAAUGAAUAUAACGGCAGCUACAUCCCUCCUGGGUGGCGAGAAUGGCUUGGAUUAAUCAAGAAUUCUCGUUUCUAUAAUUACACUGUUUGUCGCAAUGGCAUCAAAGAAAAGCAUGGAUUUGAUUAUGCAAAGGACUACUUCACAGACUUAAUCACUAACGAGAGCAUUAAUUACUUCAAACUAUCUAAGAGAAUGUAUCCCCAUAGGCCCAUUAUGAUGGUGAUCAGCCAUGCAGCACCCCACGGCCCUGAAGACUCAGCCCCACAGUUUUCAAAACUGUACCCCAAUGCCUCCCAACACAUCACUCCAAGCUAUAAUUAUGCACCGAACAUGGACAAACACUGGAUCAUGCAGUACACGGGCCCCAUGCUGCCCAUCCACAUGGAGUUCACCAAUGUCCUCCAGCGCAAACGACUGCAGACCCUGAUGUCAGUGGACGACUCUGUAGAGAGGCUGUACAACAUGCUGGUGGAGACGGGAGAGCUGGACAACACUUACAUCAUCUACACUGCUGACCACGGGUACCACAUCGGACAGUUCGGACUAGUCAAGGGGAAAUCCAUGCCAUAUGACUUUGACAUCCGUGUGCCUUUCUUUAUUCGUGGGCCAAGCAUAGAACCAGGGUCCAUAGUCCCACAGAUUGUUCUGAACAUCGAUCUCGCCCCUACCAUCCUGGAUAUCGCAGGGCUUGACACUCCUCCUGAUGUGGAUGGCAAGUCCGUCCUCAAACUUCUAGACCUGGAGAAGCCAGGUAACAGGUUUCGAACAAACAAGAAGGCCAAGAUUUGGCGUGAUACAUUCCUAGUGGAAAGAGGGAAAUUUUUACGAAAGAAGGAGGAAGCCAGCAAGAAUAUCCAACAGUCAAACCACUUGCCCAAAUAUGAGAGGGUCAAGGAACUGUGCCAGCAGGCCAGAUACCAGACAGCGUGUGAGCAGCCUGGGCAGAAGUGGCAAUGCAUCGAGGACACAUCUGGCAAGCUUCGAAUCCACAAGUGUAAAGGACCCAGCGACCUGCUCACCGUCCGUCAGAGCACGCGCAACCUCUACUCUCGCGGCUUGCACGACAAAGACAAAGAGUGCCAUUGUAGGGAGUCUGGUUAUCGAUCCAGCAGAAGCCAGAGAAAGAAUCAAAGGCAGUUCCUGAGGAACCAAGGAACACCAAAAUAUAAGCCCAGAUUUGUGCACACCCGGCAGACUCGGUCCCUGUCUGUCGAAUUUGAAGGUGAAGUAUACGACAUAAAUCUGGAAGAAGAAGAGCUGCAAGUGUUACCACCGAGGAGCAUUGCUAAGCGCCACGAUGAGGGCCGCCAGGGGCUGGGAAGCCCUCAGGCUGCUGCUGGUGACAUCAGGAAUGAGAUGCUGGCAGACAGCAACGAUGCGGUGGGGCUGCCCACCACUGUCCGUGUGACACACAAAUGCUUCAUCCUUCCAAAUGAUACAAUCCAUUGUGAGAGAGAGCUGUACCAGUCGGCCAGAGCAUGGAAGGACCAUAAGGCCUACAUCGAUAAAGAGAUUGAAGUUCUGCAAGAUAAAAUUAAGAAUUUAAGAGAAGUGAGGGGACACCUAAAGAAAAGGAAGCCGGAGGAAUGUAGCUGCGGUAAGCAGAGCUAUUACAACAAGGAGAAAGGUGUGAAAAGGCAAGAGAAGUUAAAAAACCAUCUUCACCCUUUCAAGGAGGCUGCUGCCCAGGAGGUGGACAGCAAGCUGCAGCUCUUCAAGGAGAACCGCCGAAGGAAGAAGGCGAGGAAGGAGAAGAAACGCCAGAGGAAGGGGGAGGAGUGCAGCCUGCCUGGGCUCACCUGCUUCACACACGACAACAACCAUUGGCAGACCGCCCCCUUCUGGAACCUGGGAUCUUUCUGCGCAUGCACGAGUUCCAACAAUAACACAUACUGGUGUUUGCGUACGGUUAAUGAGACGCACAAUUUUCUCUUUUGUGAGUUUGCUACCGGCUUUCUGGAGUAUUUUGACAUGAAUACAGAUCCCUAUCAGCUCACGAAUACAGUGCACACGGUGGAACGGGGCAUUUUGAACCAGCUACACAUGCAGUUAAUGGAGCUCCGAAGCUGUCAAGGGUAUAAGCAGUGUAACCCGAGACCCAAGAGCCUUGACGUCGAGGACAAUUAUGGGAUGGAUGGGAAGGUUAGUCAGUCCAGCAUUGCUUCAGACGCCAACUGGCAAGGCCUGGAGGAGUUAUCCGGUGUGGAUGACGACACCAAUGAGUACCGACGUAACCCCAGACUCGGUGUGGAGGACGGGACUAGUUACCUGAAGGCUGUAGACAGAACAUUUGCACCACUGAACCCUCACUCCGAGCAAAACAAAGCAAAUGGGACUCCCACUGCUCCAAGCAGUGACUUCUCAGUCACCUCUGUUGAGCUCUUGAUGUCGGCAGAGAUGGCCUCUGCAGAGUCAGGUGAAGACCCAAGUCACGUGGUUGGGGAAACGCCUCCCUUGACCUUGCCAGUCAACCUCCAAACCCUGCAUUUGAACAGAUCAACCUUAAGUCCAGAGAGAAGACUUGAAUGGAAUAAUGACAUUCCAGAAGUGAAUCAUUUGAAUUCUGAACACUGGAGAAAAAGUAGAACUGAAAAAGCGCUGGGAUGGGAAGAAAUCCACUCUCCUGAAGGGGACAUCCGUGGCAAUGGCAUGACAGAGCUGGUGUUCCGGUCUCACCGCAGGCUGCAGCCUUUCAGCUGGCAUCAACAAGAACAUCCCCGGGAUGUGGAGCCAGAAGAGGACGCUUUUGAAGAUCAGUGGCAUCUUCGUGUUCCUUCUGACAGAACUAAUGUCCAUCAAGUGUUCAGUGUGUCCAGUGUGGAGCAGCCUGUCCAUUCCAGCCACACAGAGAGAACACUGACCAAGAUGCAGAAGAAUGGCACAAAGGAGUGGGUGCCGAACCUAGAAGGCAGUGCCUCCUCCCCACUCCCCUCUGAUUAGAUGAGAUGUUGCCCAAACCUUUCUAUGUUUUUAUUAGUAAACUAGUGGUGGCAAUCGUAACUGCCAGCAUUUGGGGCUCCCCUGGGUACAUGUACGCAGCAGAAGUUUGUGGGCACACGUGCGGGAAAUGCUCACACAUAGACUCCCUGGAACUCACGGUUUUCCCAAGAAGAGAAAGGUGGGGGGCAUUUUCUGUUUUGUUGCUUUGUUUUUGGUACUAAAACAGUAUUAUCUUUUGAAUAUUGUAGGGACUUGCAUAUAUAAAGUCUAUCCAGUCAAAAUGGCUAGGAUUGUGCCUUUGUAAGUUUGGAAAGCUUGACACCCUUGGUGAGUCUGUCAACACACCUUCCCUGCCUGCAUAAUGACGUUUGGAUUCGUUUCUAACCACUGGAAUUUUUUGACAUCAUCAUCUUUGGUUCAAUGAUUUUGCAC